UUCCGACAUAUGAACAGUUCUAGUUCAGUCAAUAAUAAAAAGCGAGAGGAAAUUGAAGGGCUAAAAACUCUCCUCUCACUGUUCCUAUAAUGGUCGGACCGUGAAAAUCGCCAGUUGUUGAGAGAAGGGACACAUCUCGACUGGAAAGCUGCUGAAUCCUUUUGGUCGUCCUCCGUGAUAGAUUUCUCGCCUGCUUGCCCCGUAAAGAGUGAAUUUCUGACACGCUUUAGUAAAUCAUCAGAGAGAUUUCAUAGCGGGAGAAAACAACAACAAAUGGCCAGUGAGCACACUGUGAUCUUGUUGUAAAACGGUGAGGAGGAUUUGAAGUCUACAUGGGCAGUUCCGCACGGUUUAAGGAUAAUCAGUGUGUCAGUUUGGGCUUUCUUAUGUAAAGCAGCAGACUUUGAAGGCGGAUCUUUCAGCAGGUUAGUUCAGGACGGAGCAGAGCAGAGGAGCUCAGAAUAAGACAGAGCACGAGUCAGCGAGCACGAAACUCUUGACGGAGAAAGUGAGUGUAUGUAGACAAGUUGGAGCGAAUUUUCACCGGUUUACAGAGGGGAUUCAUUCAUAUUCACAUGUGCUUAAUGACUACGAUAAAACGACGCCGUGGACGAUCUGAUGCAUGCAAAUGGUCUGUUUGAGUUGGCUCAGUUGGGAUAUUUCGCGGCGAAUGAAUGUGGGAAGUAGCACCAUCACAAGUUGAAGAGUAAACUACUUUCGUGAGGGAAACAGAUCGUCAGCAUCUCAGCAGCGGAGCAUAUGUGCAUUUGAAGAAUGAAUUAUCACCUGUAGACUGGGAAUUGAAUAUAAACAGUGAACUAAGUUUUCUAAUGUUUCUUAUAAUCCCUCUAAUUUUUACAGAAUUGCGUUUCCUGGUUGAACUGAACACUAUUGAAACCUGUUACAAACUCUGAUUGACUCACAUACUCUCUACAAAAGAGAAACAUGUGUUUGCUUUUUCACUGCGGCUAUUUCAUCCUUUUCUUCUACUUUAAUGGAAUACAGUGACAAUGAUGCAACUUUUCUAGAACAAAUACAGUUUUAAACCUUUUUUGAAAGACCUUUAUGUCAUUCUUUUUUCAUUCCUGCUACAUGAGUUAAUAAAGAAAGACAAUGUUUGCUGCCAAUUUUGGACUUGGCAUUGUGCUGCUGUGGGUGGCUGGGUUUUGUUCUGCUAUCAGUUCCAUAGACCCCGACCGGCCGGGUGAAGGACGAUGCCAGGAGAUCGCCAUUCCUCUUUGCAAAGACAUUGGCUACAACUUGACAGUUAUGCCUAACUUAAUGGGACAUGAGGAUCAAAGUGAGGCGGCCAUCAAGCUGCACGAGUUUGCUCCGCUUAUUGAGUUUGGCUGCCACAGUCAUCUGAAGUUUUUCUUGUGCUCGCUCUAUGCGCCCAUGUGCACAGAGCAGGUAUCCACACCUAUUCCAGCAUGCCGAGUAAUGUGCGAGCAGGCUAGGCAGAAGUGUUCACCCAUCAUGGAGCAUUUUAACUUCCACUGGCCUGACUCACUGGAUUGUUCCAGGCUGCCAAACAAGAAUGACCCCAAUUAUCUCUGUAUGGAGGCCCCUAACAAUGGCACAGACGAGCCCCUAAAGGGGUCCCACACUCAGCCACCAGACUCCCGACCCCCAAGGCCAGGUAACAACCAAGAACUUCCUAUUAAGGAGAGGGUGGCUAAGACAACAUGCAGCAAUCCUGGAAAGUUUCAUUAUGUGCAGAAGAGUGAGUCCUGUGCCCCCAAGUGUUACUCUAAUGUUGAUGUGUACUGGAGUCAGGGUGACAAGCGCUUCUCUAUGGUGUGGAUUGCCAUCUGGUCCAUCCUGUGCUUUAUCUCCAGUGCCUUUACCGUACUCACCUUCCUCAUUGAUCCUCAGCGCUUUAAGUACCCUGAGCGGCCCAUCAUCUUCCUCUCUAUGUCCUACUGUGUUUACUCGGUGGGCUUUCUUAUAAGACUUUUUGUGGGAGUGGAAAAUGUGGCCUGUGACCGUGAUAGUGGUGUGCAGUACAUCAUCCAGGAAGGCUUGGAGAGCACCGGUUGCACUAUAGUCUUCCUUAUCCUAUACUACUUCGGAAUGGCCAGUUCACUGUGGUGGGUCAUUCUGACACUCACGUGGUUCCUGGCAGCUGGAAAGAAAUGGGGUCAUGAGGCCAUUGAAGCCAACAGCAGCUACUUUCAUCUGGCAGCAUGGGCUAUACCAGCCAUCAAGACCAUCAUGAUCCUGGUUAUGAGGAAGGUGGCAGGAGAUGAACUUACAGGGGUGUGCUAUGUUGGCAGCAUGGACGUCAAAGCCUUGACUGGUUUCGUCCUUAUUCCCCUCUCUUGCUAUCUCAUCAUUGGCACUUCCUUUCUACUCUCUGGAUUCGUUGCACUCUUUCACAUUCGUAAAGUUAUGAAGACUGAAGGAGAGAAUACGGAUAAGCUGGAGAAGCUGAUGGUUCGAAUCGGCGUCUUCUCAGUUCUCUACACUGUCCCCGCCACUUGUGUCAUCGCAUGCUAUUUUUAUGAGCGACUCAACAUGGAUUAUUGGAAGAUAUUAGUGGGUGAGCAGAAGUGCGUACAGGGUGGUAAGAGUGGCGAGGAAUGUGUGAUGAAGAGCUCUAUCCCAGCCGUGGAAAUCUUUAUGGUUAAAAUUUUCAUGUUAUUGGUGGUGGGCAUCACCAGCGGCAUGUGGAUCUGGACAUCCAAAACGCUGCAGUCUUGGCAGAAUGUUUUCAGCCGCAAACUGAAGAAGACGACGAGGAGGAAGGCUGCAUGUGUUUUCACAGGCACUGGACCUUGUCUCAAGCCUAAUCCUGCUCUGAAAGGACAUAAAACCAAGUACGAACCAGCAGGUCCUCCUGCUACAUGUGUAUGAGCUGGGCCUCUAUACAUGCAGACAGCCAAGAAGCUUAAUAAAUGCUGGACUCAGACCAAACAAAAACUGGUUUAUACAGGAGCCAGCAAAGGACACAACUAUGAUCAUAUUUAUUUUAUGCAAACUUCGGUUGUUAAAAAGAUGCAACAUCCCCAACAAGUUUUUUUGUUGUGUGUGAAACUACAAGAUCAACCUCUGCUUAGUCUUUAGUUCUUAGUGCUUGUACUACAUCUGAAACUUUUAUGAGUUUGGGGAGUUUUUGUUUUUUAAAAACAAAGAAAAAGGGAUGAGUCCCUAUUGCCAUCAUGUUAUUGGGAUGUCUGUAUCAUGUGCAAUAGUUGUUUCCCUUAGUGACAGAGAGAAAAGGGACUCUUAUACUGAAGGGCUGUGAUUAAAGACAAUGAAAGGACUCAACAAACAAUGGGUGUGAAUGGCUUGGGGAAAAGCGGCUCCUCCGUGGCAUAGUAGUAUGGCUUUUCUAUGAAAACGAAGGCUGUGUCAUACACAACUGCAUUGACAUUGGAGUGCAGCUGCUCAAUAGGGCCUGAGCAGAGUAUGAACUGCCUAUUGUUAGGCCUUUUCAUGGAACAAAGUAAAUCUUAAAGCACUAAAUAUUGCAGACACAAAGAGAAAACUUGUUUUUGAGUUAUUUUGUACAGUGAGUUCAUGCCCCCUGGUUUCUUUUUAUGUCCUACAAACAUUUGUGUAUAUUUCUAAAGGUUCAUAUUUUAUAAGAAUAAAUAAAAAAAAUCAUUUUAGUUUUAAAUGUUUUGAAACUAAUGCUGUGAACCACAAAGCCUUUUUAUUGUUCGUGUUGAGUGUGGAUGUGGUUCAAAAGUUUUUCCUUCAUGAAGCAAAUCUAAGUCCUUUAAGAAUUACAAAACUCAUGAGAUUUGAUUAAAGGAAUAUUCCGGGUUCAAUACAAGUUAAGCUCAAUCAACGACAUUUGUGGCAUAAUGGUGAUUACCAUAAAAAAUUAUUUCAACACAUCCCUCCUUUUCUUUGAAAAAAGCAAAAAAUUAAGAUCACAAUGAGGUAUGUGUAUGGAGCCAGAAAUGUGAAUUUUAUAAAAGCACUUACAUUAAUUCAUCUGUUAAAACGUAUGUAUUGUUUGAGCUGUAAAGCUGUUUAAAUCAUCGUUUUUAUGGCCGUAUUUGGGUUUACGCCAUUACGUUGUCAUGGAACGAAAUUAUAAAAUUGGAUAUAACUUAAAAUCGCUUAAUAACCUUUUCUGUAUUAUCACAUUAAAAUCAUGUUAACAUGCA